GCAGCAUUCGAAAAUGACCCUUCCUUGGUCGAACAUGCAUGCAACUCGGCGGCCCGUUCUUUCUCUCGUCCCUUUCCAUUCCCAAACUGCACGCUCCUUUUCACCACCAGGCUCUUGCCUUUCAGCUUCAUUUUUUUCGGGGCGUCGCCCGAGGCUCAGGUCGACAGAUUACAUUUCGCCCUUUCCCAUUCCUCGGCUGCGAUCUCUGUCUUUUUCCUCUUUUUUUCCUGCUUUUAUCACCUCGUCGCUGCGCUUUUUCUGAUGCCGAUUGCCACCUCUCCAUCCGCGUUGCCCCGUCCUGCCACCUUCGCCAAGAUGGAGGACAGGAAGAGACCCGCGUCUGGCGCGGUCGAUGACUACGCUCCGCCGAGCAAGCGACAAGCUGUUAAUGGCGGCGGCAAGUCAAAAGACGACUCUGGCGACAUGAAGGAAGAAGCCUGGAUCGAGGAAUACCAAAAGGGCGCCAUAUAUCGCCAGAUGCUCGAGUACAAACGGGAGAAGAUAAAUCUAGAAAGUCGCGUUCAAGAACUCGAGAAGGGUUCGACAGAUCAUGACGACCACAUCCGUAUAGUCGACUCAUGGGUGCUCCAGCUGCUGCAAGAAAUCGAGCUGUUAGUCCAGGGCGCAAUAUCAUCUCGCAGCUCGGCAGAUUUAGUACCGGGAUCCGCCCUUUCAUUCAAGGAUAGCAAAGAAUUCCAGAGGCACCUCGACGACAAGAAGACAACCUUCAAGUCAAAGACGGACGCCAUACUAAAGCGACUGGCUGACGCGCGAGGUGAGGUCAAGCCGGAAGUAGUACAGCUCGAAUCCCACAUCAACUCUUUACUGGCGCGGCAGAAAGAAUUGGUUGUUAAGGUUGACCGACUCGAGACACAAAAUGCGUCACUCUCGGAACAGUACGACAAGGCCACCCUGAAGGUCAUCAAGGCGGAACGGAAGCUGGAUCGGGCGAAGAGCGCGCAAGUACAAAAACUGGAGCAACAAGCCCUCGCUGGUGCCACGGCUCAUCCGGCCUCGAAAGACGAAAACGAUGCCAAUUCCGGCGCUGCUAACGGCGAUAGCGGGGCGCUCAAGCUGCAGUAUCAAGAGGCAAUGGCUGUUGUGGCCAAGCAGAAGCAGCAGCUCGAAGCCGCGUUAGCCGAGAACAAGGAGCUGAUUGACGAAAACUCGACUUUCAAGAUCAAGAAGGAAGCCGUGACGGACGAGGAGUACGCCCGAACCGAGGUUUUCAAGCAUUUCAAGGGACAAAAUGAGGAUCUUAUCAAACGCAUAAACCACCUAGAGGCGACGAACAAGCACCUGCGCGAAGAAGCGGAGAAGCUGCGUGGGGAGAGAACCGAGUGGAAAUCCAAGCUGGAAGCCGAGGCCCAGAUUGCCGCGUUGGAACUGGAAGAUCAGCUCCAGCAGAAGGACCAGGACCUCACCCGAAUCCGCUCCGCCCGCGAUGAGCUUCUAGCCGAGGUCACGAUGCGUAAAGCCAGUCAGGACCAGGAGAAGACGGCCUUGACCCAGAUCAGGGAGCUUGCGGAGGCCCAGGUGGACCGCAUUGCCGAACUCGAGUCGGAGCUCGAACGACUACGACCAAACGAGGACACUGCUAUGCCGGACGCGCGCCCGGAUCUCGAUGCUCUGGCUGUUGAAGACCUACGACAAAGAUAUGUGAAACUGGAAAAGGAUUUCGAGGCCAUCAACAAGGAAUUACCACUCUUGGAGAAGUCGUACAAAAAGUCGAUGGCGCUGGCACACAAGAAGGUCAUGGACUUCCAACAGCUCGAGGACCGAGUCGCGACGCUCACAGCCGAGAAGAGCAAAGCGGACCAGAAGUACUUCGCUGCGCGAAAGGACAUGGACAUCCGAACCGCCGAGAUCCGGACGCUUCGGGCGCAGAAUGGGAAGAGCUCCGAGAUCAUCUCGCAGCUCAAAGACGUUGAGAUGCACAACAGGACUCUUAUUGGGAGCCUCGAGAAGCAGAUCGCAACGUUGAAGCAGGACAUUUCGACGGCUAUGGCGGAGCGGAAGAGGCUGGAGCAGCUGAGUGCUGAUGCGACACGACGGGCGGACUCGUGCAAGUCUCAGAUAUCCAGCCUCGCCGAUCUCGUGAAAGCGAAGGAUGGGGCUGUUGGCGCCACGAAGGAACAGCUCUUAAAGACCGAGACCGAGCUGGAAAAGCUUAGGGUUGAUGUCAAGGAGAUCGGCAAGGACUGCAACAAAUGGAAACUCAAGUGCCAGGGCAAUUCGUCGGAGGAGGAGGAGGCGCUGAGGAAUUUGGUGAUCUGCUCUGUUUGCCGGAGUAAUUUCAAGAACACGGUCCUCAAGGGGUGCGGCCAUGUGUUUUGCGGCGGUUGUGUUGACGAUCGGCUGGCGAAUCGCAUGAGGAAGUGCCCCAGUUGCAACAAGGCCUUCGACCGAUCUGAUGCCAUGGCCGUCCAUCUAUGAAUGAAGUUCUGCACAGGGCAUAACCAAAGCAGACAGUCUCCAGAGGCGCAAACGCGCCCAGGGACACGACACAGCCCCGCAGUUUCCGCUCCACGGCCACGACGGUGGGGGCAGACAAACGCGGCGCCGAGCGCAGGAUUGACGACCAGAUGCGUGUACGAGCAAAAGCUGUUGGAUCCUUUACAAAUGUAAUUUAUUGGUGUGUGAUUAGGACCCGGGAUGCGUUGAUCAAGUGAGGGCAAGGUUGGGCAAGCCCAAAACGGGUUGCGGGCGGUGAUUUAUGGUUCGCGUGGAGAGCAGGAUAUAGAACCGGGGUCACGAGGGGAAGCUACGAUAUUGUACAAAGCGAGUAUUGAUACCUAUACAGUCUUAAUCUUUC